AUGGCACCGAAUUAUGCAGAAUCUUGGCUCAAGUUGGAGAAUGCUUUUGGUGGCAGAGUAGCCCUCCAAGGUGACGUUUUUGAUAUCCGAAAACAGUUUGCUGAGCUCGCUGCCGCCAUUUCCUUGGGCUAUAAACCUUUUGCAGACGAGCUGAGAGUAUCGGAUGGUGUCAUCAAGAGCAUCCCGUACCGCAUCUAUAUACCGAAAGAUGAGGGCACUUCUAUUCCUGUCGGAGUAUACAUGCACGGCGGUGGUUACAUUCUGGGAGAUCUAGAAGCCGAGGAUACGAUAUGCCGUACACUUUGUAAGGAAGCAAACACUAUAAUCAUUAGUGUGGACUAUCGCUUGGCACCUGAGCAUAAGCAUCCAGCACAGCUCCAAGAUGCGUUGACAGCAUACGAGAAUGUACAAUCCUACGGCGGCGACAGGAGCCAAAUUUACACUAUCGGCACCUCAGCUGGUGCGGCUUUGGCUCUGCUAGCUGCGAGAGACAUUAUAUCCGGGCUAUCCUCGGUGCCUUCGGAUUGUUUAUGUGGUGUGAUUGCAAUAAGCCCACUCACUGCUCACCCCGACAACAUACCUGUGAAAUAUCAGCAGCUCCAUACGUCAUAUGAAGAGUUUGGAGAAGGUGCACCAGUUCUGACGCGCUCUGUUCUGGCCCAGUUUCUGCAAUAUGCUGGUGCUGUGCCUGAUGAUGCCAGCUCUUUCAUCUUGCUUGACGAUCGGGUCUUCCCGAAAUUUCCAGCGGUAUAUAUCUCGACUGCGGAGUGUGACCUUUUGCGAGAUGAUGGCAAAAUUCUGGCGAGUGCUUUGAAAGACGCCGGAGUUACUGUUCACGAGGACGAUUACCAGGGCCUGCCUCACUGUUUUUGGUUCUUCCAUGCUCUUCCUGAAUGGACUGUAUUCAUAAAGAACACAGUGACUGCUGUUUCGUGGAUUCAAGACAGGAUUAAUUGUCCAAAAAGGCAAUGA